CAUUACAAACAAACAAAAUCGGAGUGGCUAUACGCCCGGUCACCGGUCUUGGUUUCAAAGAACGGCAACGACUAUGACGUCACAGACUGUGACGUCAAAGGUUUUGAAGUAGCUGUAACACUGUGCAUUGUUAUUAAAUUAAAAUGGCGGGUUGUAGAAAGUUUAGUUCUUUUGACCAGUUGAAAACUUUUAUCAAUAAUAAAGAAAAUACGGACCAUAUUCAAUUAAGAAUAAGUGAUUCGAGAACAAUUGCGUGUGCUCGUAAACGUGGUAUUAUAAGAUUUAUUAGUGAACAAUUAAAAUAUUAUGAAAUUACGUACAGAUGUAUCCAUAGUGGACAAAGAAUAAGCAAAUCAACUGGUCAGCGCCCUGGUCAAAGCACUUUUAGGACAGGAUGUCCUUUUUACCUGCGACUCAGUGUAUCUACCGAUGGUCAUCAUCUUGUAGUACAAAAGUUUCUGGAUCAGCACAACCAUGAACACACAAAGGAAACGUUCUCCUUAUUGCCACGCCAAAGACGUUUGGAUGAACCAGCUAAAGAGAUAACAAAGCAAAUGUUAAAAAUGAAAGCAAAUAAAAAAUUAGUACAAACAGAACUGUUAAAAAAUUCAAAAGUCACAUUAAAAGAUUUACAUAAUCUGGCUUCUCACGGUAGGAGUGCAGAUUCUUUGGAAGAAGCCAUAACUUAUUUAAAGAACAAAGAUAAUGGAGUGGUUGAAUUAAUCACAACAGAGGAUAAUGUUUUUCAAGGUCUCUUCUACCAAGACGAAGAAAUGAGGCACACUUAUAAGUCUUUUCCGGAAAUGAUUUUUGUUGACUCUAUAUAUAAAGUAACGACAAGAGGAAUGGGGCUAUAUAUAUUUGCAGUGGAAAAUAGUAAUGGUGAAACUGAAAUUGUUGCCUUCUGUCUUUGUGCAAGUGAGGAAAAGCCUGUAAUAAAGGCAAUGGUACAAAUUUUUAAGAAAUACAACCCAUCCUGGUUCUCUACAAAAACUAUCAUGACUGACAAAGAUUUGGUUGAAAGAAAUGUUUUUAAAGAAGAAUUUACUUCCAGCAAUUUGUUGAUUUGCUUAUUCCAUGUAUUAAGAACAUUUAGACGUGAAAUAACAACUGAAAAAUUGGGAAUAACGAGUGGCAAAAAAAGUGAAUUAUUAGAGUUGGUUCAGAGUUUACCUUAUGCCAGAAAUGAAGAAGAAUAUUGGUCUACAUAUGAAAAGAUUAAAAAUUUGGAUUGUAGCUCAUUAGAACAAUAUUUAGAAAAUAACUGGCAUAAUAUAAGGUCAGAGUGGGUUGUAGGACUGCAGAAUGCUGUGUCUUUUCAAAAUAGAACAAACAACCGACUUGAAUCAAUCAAUUCAAAAGUGGUUCAAGUUGUUGAAAGACAUUCCAAGUUGCCUGAUUUAUUCAAAAAUUUGGACAAUCUUCUGUUAUCACUAAGAACAGAGCGAGAUUCAAGAAUAAUAAAAAAUCAUCUGAAGAUAAAGUUAAAUGUUGCAACUCCUUUUGAAGGUCAAUCACAAUAUCUUAAAAUUUUGACACCAUAUGCCUACGGAAUUCUUGCUGAAAAAUUCAAACUUAUAGAUAAAGUAAAAAUAGUGGGUGAGGAAGGCAGUGGAAUGAAAAUCAAUUCCAGCAGUGGUGUAUUGAUUGCAACAUCUUUAAGUUGCACAUGUCCUUUCUUUGUUAGUAUGCAGUUACCUUGCCAUCACAUAUUUAAAGUUCGUCAGCUUAAAAAUGAGAGCUUGUUUUCGAGUACUCUAUUUGCAUCACGGUGGACAAAAGCAUACUACAUGAAAAACAGCAAAGUAUUAACUCAAACGGAAGUUACGAACCAAAAUGUAUCGUUGGACGUUUCAACCAUUUCUAGGAAUAGAAUAUUUUCACAAAAUGAAAAAUUUAGAAUGAUGGCAGCAAGGGUGCAGAAAUUAGCAAGUGUAGGGUCAGAAUGCUCCUCCAGAGUAUUUCUGCAGAGACUAAACACUAUUGAGCAAAUAGUGAGCUAUUGGGAGAGGAACAUUGAAGUUGGUGUUCAAGGAAUCACAAAUAUUCAACAGUGUUCAGAAGAUAUUAAACAAUCUGAAACAUGUCGACAAUCUGUUGAAGAUGUUGCAACUCCACAAAUUUCUCAUUCUUGUUAUGAAGCUGUUCAACAGUCCUCAUCUACUCUUUUCCAGAUAAACCAGGAUGGACUUGUAGACCAGGUGGAUCACUGUGAAGUUGUAGAGCAGCUUGACAACAGUGAUGUUGCAGUAGAACAGCCAAACAUCAAAGAAUCUGCAGGUAAUACUUCAUUUCUGGAAAUACCUAUAUUACCAAUUGUGAAGAAGAGAGGAAGACCAAAAGGUAACACAAAAACUGUAAUUGGACUGCCUAUCAAGAAGAUGAAGGUUGGAGGUAUUCCUUUUGAAAAAAAACAUCCUAACCAUAAGGAUAAACAAAUGCUUCUGUGGUUUGUGUCGACAGAAGAUGUGAAAAAAGCUGUGGCGGGAACAAUACUUUCUGAGUCUUCUGUUGAACAGAAUCCUAAUAAAGUGUCCUCAGCUUGCCUUGAUAAAUGUGCCGAUGUCAAUAGACUUAGAAGAUAUUUCACAGCUGAUGGGUGGGGUUCGGUUCAGCAUGUAAUGAGCGUGAAAAGAAAAAGCCCUAUUUGGCUGUGUCCAAAUUGUGAAGUAGACAUUAAGGACUCGGGUAGUGUUUGUUGUAGUGGGUGCUUAGAAUGGUAUCAUCUUGAGUGUAUCAAUCCUAAAACAAUCCUGCAACAAAAUUUCUGGUUUUGUCAAAAAUGUUGAGUAUUUUUUUAUUUUACGUAUAGUUUUUUUUUAUAAUGGUGUACAAGUAUACUUGUCAUAAUACAGUAGAGUCCCGUUAAUCCGACCUAAUUGGGACCGAGCCCUAUUCGGAUUAUGUGAUUGUUCGGAUUAGCCAGAAUUACAGAAAAAUACGGUUUU